AUGGCAUCUAGAAGUUAUAGAAAGGGGUUGAAGUUAAAAUCCCUUAGUCUUAAAGAAAAGAUUAAAGUUUUAGAGAGGAUGGAUGUAGGUGCAUCAAUGCAUAAUGUUUGUGAGGAGUUUGGCAUCAAAACAAGCACAUUUUCUGAUAUUAAGAAAAGCGGGUACAAGAUUAAGGUUCAUGCUUUAAGUUUGGAGGAUUCAAGCAGUUCAAAUAAGACCCAGAAGAGGAUAAACCCUGCUAAAUAUUCCAACUGGGAUCAAGCAGUGUACAAGUGGUACAAGCAGGAGCUCCCUUCUGGUAUUAACAUACGAGGUGUGGACAUUCAAAAUGCUGCAGCAAGCCUAGCACAGGACCUGAACAAUGAAGGCUUUACAGCAAGUAGUGGCUGGCUGUUCCACAUUUGGGCUCGUCUCUGCUUAGUGAAUCGAAAAGUUGCAGGGAAGUCAGCAAGCUCCGAUCACAACAGUGUUGAGCCGUUAAGAAAGUGGGUAGAGAAAGUUAUGGGAGAUUUGCAACUUCUCAUGGCCCAGUUAUACAACAGAGAUAAAACGUGCCUCUUCUGGAAGGCUGUGCCUACCAACACACACAGGCUGUUACGUACAAGUCCCACAUACCUGGUAGAAAGAUGGUAA